UCCUUCCUUCAUCCCUUCCUUGUAUCUCUCUCUCUCUCUCUCUCUAUCUAACAAGUCUCAGCUAUGAUGGCUCUUCAACUAUGGGAGACCCUGAAAGAAGCAAUCACAGUAUACACUGGUCUUUCUCCGGCCACAUUCUUCACAACCGUUGCCGUUGCUCUUGCCUUUUACUACUUUAUCUCAUCUUUCUUUGGUUCCUCCUCUAAUCAUCAUGAACGACCUAGGGCUUACGAAGAAGAGGUCGAGCCUCUACCUCCUCCGGUUCAGUUGGGAGAGAUAGAUGAAGAGGAACUCAAGGCGUAUGAUGGAUCCGAUCCAAAGAAACCUCUGCUCAUGGCUAUCAAGGCUCAGAUCUAUGACGUUUCUCAAAGCAGGAUGUUCUAUGGUCCUGGAGGACCUUAUGCCCUGUUUGCUGGUAAGGACGCUAGCAGAGCUCUGGCGAAGAUGUCAUUCGAAGUGGAGGAUCUAACCGGAGACAUAUCUGGACUCGGCCCAUUUGAGCUUGACGCAUUACAGGACUGGGAGUACAAGUUCAUGAGCAAGUAUGUCAAAGUUGGAACAAUUAAAAAGACAGUAACCGAAACAACAGCAGCAGAUCCUGAUACAAAGGAGGAGAAACCUGCAGUAGAUGGUCCAGCAGAGAGCAAAGAGGACGUCACCGUCGAAGGAGAAGGAGCCAAGGAAGAGUAGGGCUGUGUAAUUCGACCCCCCCCCACCAUAACAGGGGGAAUAUGCAUGUACUAGUGAAAAGGAAAAACAUGUUUGUUUAAUCAUAUAUAAUGACUCUGAGGUUUAAGGUGUUUGUUGUAGAUCUGCUAUUUAUUCUAGUCUUCUUCUGGAAUUUCUAUCAUAGUUUGUAGAUCUUGCAAGCCCUUUGACUUGAUUGAGCCAUCUUCCUUUGGCUAUGAUCUCAAAAUAAACAUUUCUUCAA